GACUCGAGACCAAAACAUACCUGCCCGUUCAUAGCGUGCCUAGAGCCCGGUUUUGUUUUGCGCUACCGUCGUAUCACAUAACCAUGAUAGGGCUGGCUCCCAGAGACGCACGCGUGUGACGAUCAGAGAAGUGCGUGCACUUUAGGGACUGCAAAGCUACCAGCCAUCAACCAUCAUGGCCCGCUUCGCCUUCGCCAUUCUUGUCAGCCUAGGCCUUUUGCACACCACAGCAGCUUCGACUCCAGAGGAUGUCCUUCCGUCGUAUCAUUAUGGAGCGCCAAUUCACGUGGAGUGUUUGAACCGCAGCUCGGAAACUGGCGAACACAUCGCAAACGAACAAGACGACCUUCAAUGGGUCCCAUUCCCGGCAUGUAACGAGACGGGAAGGCCGCUCGAGUUCGGCUACGGCCACGAGGGCGAGCUCAACUGCACGAUCCCCUUCAUCGACGACCCGACGUACCAUCUCCUCGAGUUCUACGUGCACAACGACGCGCCCAUGGCCUGUCGCCUUCCCGCCCGCCCUGCGCCGCAGGUCCACGUGGUAGGCCAGAAGCCCUACGUGCAGGAAUACAUCCCCCUCGUGUUCGCAUUGGCGGGCACCCUCCAGCUCUCCCACUUGCACGUCAGCACGCAGAUGAACGUGCUGCUGCACGCGAAACCGAAGCACCAUAUCCACCACAAGGACUCCGGGGUCUUGGACUCGGGCGUGGCGUACAGCACCAGCCCGUUGAACACGAAGGCCUCGACUAGGCUGGUCAUCGGCGACGCGUUGCCGCUGCGGUUAUCGGUUCGGUGGUUCCCUACCCCCGCGCUGCCCAAGACGGAGGGCAUGGUGGAGUGGCAGGGUAUGGGGGGACAUAUAUACGCCAGCACCGUGUUCUAUUCGCUCGCGAGCUUCCUUGCGGGCAUCGUGGCGUCCGGGGCCUAUUUCUUUGGCAUUGUAUUGCCCAAACGGCUGAAGGGCCGGAGCCUCGGCGGCGCGACUCCGCUUGGGUAUGGAGUGAACAGUGGGGUGGGCAAUGGAUGGGGUUAUAAACCCUCGAAGCGCAUCGAUUAGUUGAUUCCCUGUUGAGUGCACUGAGAGGCGUAUGGGCUGGUUUGAUCUUUUCUGUGUCACAUUGCUACAUUUGGGAUAUGCAGGGCCUGAACAAUACCGUACCACCAAGCGUGCUUGGUUUACAUCCAGAUGGCCCCGUACAGGUCCAAGAGAGAGAGAGGGAGAGAGAGAGAGAGAGACAGAGACAUGGCGGAGAGGCACAUACUUUCCAACUAUAAUUACAUACAGAAGUGGGAGUGCAUACUCGUCACUGCGAUUUCUUCUCCUCCGAUGCAGCCUUAUAUUUCUCGCCCUCUUCAAUCCGAGCAAGCAAACGCUUGCCCAUAUCCAAGGCCAA